CUAUUGAGUGACAUCCAUAUGGGCAAGUCAUUGAAAAACUAAAAAUGUUCCGCAACUUAUUCGCUAGAUCAGUAAAUGAAGAAUGUCCUGCAAUAUUGGAGACUCUCAAUGUUCAAGUGCGGUGGAGACGUAAACCUCGCUGGCUAGGAACUGCAAAAACCAAAGUUUUCAGAGUGGCUCCUCGAACUCAACAGGAUCCCGAUGAGCGGGCUUUUAUGAUGAAAAUGAGCUCACAUUAUCGGUCUCAAAUGAAGGGUCUUCGUGCUUUCCUACGUGUAGAAGUUCUGCAAGCGAGUCUUCCUUCUACUACCAGUGUUCUCUUGAAGUCACCAGAACAACUGCAAGCUGAAUUUGAUGAAGCUCUUAAAAUAAACAGCGAAUGGAAUGCAGAGUGUGCAAAAAUACGAGCACGUCGCAUAGAGAAACAAUUGAAGGAACAGGAAGAACUAGUCCUUGAAAAGCUAGCUGCUAAGGAAGAAAGAGAAGAAGAAAUUCGAAAAAAAGUACGUCAAGCAGUUGAAUUGCAAAAGUUUGAAUCAACAAAGUUUAUUACUGAAGAAAACAUCGACGAAGCCAUUGAAAAAUCGUUGGCGAACGAAGUUGACUAUAACUUUGCCAUAGAUUUAGAAGGAAAUAUGAUACAAGGUAGCCAAUCCUAUGGAAAACGGACUACACAAUAAAAUGUAGAAAGCGCUUAGGAGAGAAAUAAAUAAUAAUUAUUAGGUUUUAGCUGAAAAAAAGUCAUUUCUUCUAAAAUUAAAAAAAA